UUUGGUUCUGAAAAUAUGGCUGCUUCUGGAAAAUUUAUUCCCAAUGUUGUUGCAUUUUGCUUUGGGAUUUUCUUCUUGUUCAUUUCUUCCUCUGCGGAGAAAGCUCCAUACACUUCCUUCGCCAAAAAUGCCACAUCAGCUCCGCCGGUCAGCCACUACGACUACAUAAUCAUCGGCGGCGGAACCGCCGGCUGCCCACUCGCCGCGACGCUCUCCGCCUCCUCAACCGUCCUCCUCCUCGAGCGGGGCGGCCUCCCGUACGACAAUCCCAACGUCGUCCACGCCACCGGCUUCUUCAACUCGCUCACCGACUCCUCCCCUUCCUCCGCCGCGCAGUCCUUCGUCUCCACCGACGGCGUCCUCAACCACCGCGCCCGCGUGCUUGGCGGCGGCUCUGCCAUCAACGCCGGCUUCUACACGCGCGCCAGCCGCGCUUACGUGGCCCGGGCCGGUUGGGAGCCGGGGCUCGUGAGGGCGUCCUACGAGUGGGUGGAGAGGAAGGUGGCAUUCCGGCCGCGGCUGUGUCCAUGGCAGGCCGCGGUGAGGGAGGUCCUGCUGGACGCCGGCGUGCGGCCGGAUAACGGAUUCACGUUGGAGCAUCUUUACGGGACCAAAACCGGGGCCACGAUCUUCGAUGACGACGGGAUUAGACAUACUGCUGCUGAUUUGUUGGAGUUUGCUAAUCCAACAAACAUUACUGUGUUUAUGCAUGCAACUGUGCACCAGAUCCUCUUCACAACCACAGGUAAUAAAAGCAAGGCAUAUGGAGCUAUGUUUAUAGACUCAAAAGGCAACAAACACAUGGCAUACUUAAAAAAUGGAACCAAAAAUGAGAUCAUUUUAUCAGCUGGUGCAUUGGGCAGCCCACAGCUUCUAAUGCUCAGCGGUAUUGGGCCGGGCCAUAAACUCAAGGCCCAAGGAAUAAAAGUAGUGCUGGACCAGCCAAUGGUGGGCCAGGGCAUGUCCGAUAAUCCAACAAAUGGCAUAUUCAUACCUUCUAGAAUGUCCGUGGAACCUUCCCUCGUUCAAGUUGUUGGCAUAACUCAAUUUGAUUUCUACAUUGAAGCACUCAACACCCAAGUUGACCUCUUAAAUCGCCUCACAACUUCUGCAAAUCAAACCUCGGGCAAGGAGCACGUGGUGGUCGCGGGAAAGGUGGCGGGACCCUUCUCAGUAGGGUAUUUGGAGAUUAAAAGUCGAGAUCCCAACGACAACCCGAGUGUGACAUUCAACUACUUCAAUGACUCAAGGGACUUGAGCAAGUGCGUCAAAGGCAUGAAUCUCCUCAAAAGAGUUGUUGAAUCACCGGCGAUCUUAAGAUUCCGGUACCCCAACAGCACAGUACAGUCCUUGCUCAACUAUACGUUGUCGACUCGCAUCAACCUCAGGACAAAGCACAAUUCAUCACUUUAUAACAUGGAACAGUAUUGUAAAGACACAGUGAUGACAAUAUGGCAUUUUCACGGAGGUUGCCAAGUGGACCGGGUCGUUGAUCGUGACUACCGGGUCCUUGGUGUGGAUGCACUGCGCGUCAUUGAUGGCUCCACCUUUUACUACUCACCUGGAACUAACCCUCAGGCCACUCUCAUGAUGCUUGGCAGGUAUAUGGGACAGAGAAUCCUCACAGAGAGGGAAACAGCCACAUAGAUGGAAAUAUCUAGUUUCUCCAUAUAUAUAUAUAGAGAGAGAGAGAGAGAGAGAGAGAGAGAAUGAAAGAUUAUUAAUGUUAACAAAUCUUCAAGGUUUAUGUACUAGCUACUACUCUAAAUAAGGAAUAUUUAGAAUCACAGUUUUAGUA